CCGGAUAUCGACGCGUGUGCAUGUCAAACGUCGUGCCGACAAAUUCGCGGGUUGUCUUUAUCGAAUUUAUUUCGUUGUGAACGUUUUCGUUUUUUACCAGCUGCCCAAGUAAAAGGGCUCGGUAACAUUUAUUGUUCUAAUUCGAAGGAAAAAUGAUUAUACGUUUUAAAUGGACAACCAAAUUGCCUGAGGGUUACUCCUUUUGAUCGAGACUAUUGCAUAAGUCAAAACUGAAAAAAUAAUGUGGCUUAUUUUUUUAUGCAUACUACAACUAUUGUACACGUGGAAUUGUGAAGCCUUAACAGUGAAAGCUCUUGUACCAAGAUACAAAAUUCGAGGAGAAACAGCUGUGCUAAGAUGUGAUUUUGAGCUUGAAGGUGAUCUUCUAUAUGCUGUAAAAUGGUAUCGAGAAAAUGAAGAAUUUUAUCGAUUUGUGCCUAAAGCGACUCCUCAAAAAACUUCUUAUAUUGUAGAUGGUAUCAAAGUCGACCAUGCACAAUCUAAUAGUCGGCAAUUAACCUUAAAAGAUAUAACCUUGAAAACCACCGCUAAUUAUAGAUGUGAAGUAUCUGCUGAGGGACCUUCUUUUGCAUCAGCACAAGAUGGUGGGCGGAUGGAAGUUAUAUAUUUACCUAAAGAUGGUCCAUACAUAUCCGGUGACAAGACUGUGUAUCAGUUUGGGGAUUCAAUAAACCUUAACUGUACAUCUGCAAAGUCUUACCCAGCAUCUACACUACAUUGGUUUGUCAAUAACAUACCCGCAAAAGAGGAAUCUUUGAAGAGGUACUCACCCCAAAUACACCCUCGAGGGCUUGUCACAACAACUUUGGGUAUUCGUUUGUCUUUAGACGCGGAGACGGUAUUAAACGGAGCGGUGAGAGUCAGGUGCGUAGCGAUUCUAUCUCCAGUUCUGUGGUCAGGCGACAAUGAAAAAGUGUUAUCCAGACAAGAUAAAAGAGAAGCACUUUUACUUGUUACUGGAUCAUCUAGUAAAUGCCAUUACAGUCUGACUGUUGUGUUCCUAUUCAUAAUAAUAAUAAUGUCGUUAUUCAUGUAAAAUUUUACAUUUCUAAAAUUAACGCAUUAUUAAAAAUAAACCAUAUCAAUAAAAUGAAUUAUUAUAAUUACGUUGAAUUUUAUUUGUAUUUUAUAAUAUUUAUCUAGUUAUAGUUUUAAUCUUAAAUAAAUAUUUCAUUAUAAAUUAUUUUACUGUGUUAUACUAUUGAAAACAAGUGAUUUAAUUGUUUUAAUUGAAUAU